AGAUAUUGCUAUAAGGAAAUUACUUUCACUAAUGCGACAAUUAGAGUUAUGGUGAAAACAUUAAUGACAAUUAAAACGGAAUGCUUCUUACUUUGAACUCAUUAACCACUAUAAAAAGUAAAAAAACAUACAUGUUCAACCACAUAGAUUUUUAACUUUGUAACACCAACAUACACAGUUAUGUGGUAAAAAUAAAAAAAAAUAUAAAAUCGAUAAUGAUAUCGCCGGAAAUAUUCUUUGAUAAUACAAACAACUAUGGCAUAGUCAAAACUGAAACAGUAUUCGGGUUUAGUCCAAAACGAAGUUUCACUAAUAUAAACUCUACAGCUCCGAUACAUUGGAUGGUUACUCCUGGAAACUUGAGAAGGGCUUUCACAGAAAACCCAACAAAACAGACGAAACAACGAACUCAAAAAAGUAACAAAAAACAAAAGUCUCUUGGUAAAGGGCAUAAAAAGAAACAUUCAAAAAUAAAAAAGUGCAUAUACAAACUGUUGAAAAAGAAGAAAAAGAAAAGCAAACACUUGCACAUGAUGAAAAAAUACAUGCUGCCUCUAAUAAUAGGCUUAGUAGCAGCCAAGAGUAUACUAAUACCGGUAGCUUUUAAAGCUUUUGCACUGUUAUCGUUCAAAGCCCUGUUAUUUUUAAGCAUACUGAAAUUACUAAAAUAAAUUGUACAUGGACUUAUUUUCAAGAAUGUAAGACUGUUCGAUCAACUAUUUAUUGUAAAUAUGAAAUAUGAGAAGUCACAAAACUUU